UUGCAAAUAAAACAGUGAUGUCAGCUGUAUUUUAUGAGGUUAUGUUGCAAACGUCAAAUAAUGUAGACAAAAUAGAAAGAUCAAAAAUAUACCUGUGAAAGAAAAUCAGAGGAGCAGGAACCUCCAUAAUUUGCAAAAAUGGAGACGGAAGAACACCUAUUAUCUUUAAAAGUGAUGAGGCUUACUAGACCAAGCCUGGCCAGUGUAAUACCAGUUACUUGCGACUCAAAAGACUUACCAGGAAACCUCUUUAAUAAUUCCUUGCAGCAAGACCCCAUAAGUGUUGAAGGAACUGAAACAUUAUCAAUCGGUCAAUUUCUACUUUUACCUCAAACACCUGUCAACAUUUAUUUGGGGGAAAUUUUCUCUAGUUAUAUUUGUGUGUACAGUGAGUCUAAACAGCCUGUAACUAAUGUUUCUGUGAAGGUGGACCUACAAACUAGCUCUCAAAGGCUGCCACUAUCUGCUAACCCUCCCACACCUACUCUAGGAACUGAUGAAACUGUGAAUAUUGUCAUACAUCAUGAGGUUAAAGAGAUUGGUACACACAUACUCAUCUGUGAAGUUACAUAUCAGACGGCAACAUCUCAAGUUAUGUCAUUCAGAAAGUUCUUCAAAAUUAUGGUUUUGAAACCUUUAGAUGUGAAGACUAAGUUUUAUAAUGCUGAAAAUGAUGAUGUUUAUUUAGAAGCUCAAGUUCAAAAUAUAACUGUGGGGCCAAUAUGUUUAGAAAAAGUAGCACUGGAUGCCUCACAAUUGUUUAAUGUUACAUCCCUAAAUACUACCAAAAAUGGAAAAAGUAUUUUUGGAAAAACGACGAUUCUUCAACCACAAGCAGUGUGUCAGUUUUUGUACUGUUUGGUACCUAAUGAGAAACUAUCAUCAGAUUUGAAAUUGUUGAGCGGUGCAACAAAUAUAGGAAAAUUGGAUAUAGUAUGGAGGUCAAAUCUAGGUGAAAAAGGCAGAUUACAGACAAGCCAAUUGCAAAGGAUGAGUCCUGAUUAUGGAGACAUCAGAAUGUCGGUAAUAGAGUUACCAAAUUUUGUGGUUCUUGAAGAUCUAUUCUCUUUCAAGUGCAAGUUGAUUAACAAUAGGUAAGGUCACUCACAAAUGCAGGAAACUGGCAGUUCCAAUGUGACAAGACUUGUAUUCUAUGCAAACUAAGUGAUGAUCACAUUCUGAAUUCAAGGACUGUGUAGUGUCUAUAUUUACAACCAAUUAUUUUGCAUUUAUUCCAGUGAAAGAGCUGUAGAUUUGUUAAUAUAUCUAGAGAAUGUUGAAGGAUUAGCCUGGUGUGACAUAUCAGGUAGAAAACUUGACACUCUACAGCCAUUAUCACACAGGAUUUUAGAGUUCAAAUGCAUUCCACUCAUUCCAGGAUUGAGAACAAUCUCUGGGAUAAAAUUAUUGGAUCCAUUUCUCAAGAGAACAUAUACUUAUGAUGAAUUGGGUCAGGAAACGCAGUGUUCAGCGAAUAAAAUCAGAAAAUAAGAAGGUUUGCCCAUAGUUACGCCUGGGGAAACUUACAAAAUCAAAACAUGCAAGACCGAUGAUGUAAGUGACGCCGUCAAAACAGAAAUUAGGAAUACUUUAGAGGAUAUGAGAAGUUCAGGACCACAUAUCACGACCUCUGUUUACUGAUUUCAUAUGGCGUUGAUGACGUAACCGCCAAGAACGGUGACUACAACUAUAUCAAGUACAGUCUGAGACAACUGAUGCCAGUUUUGGCCUAACAAGCUGUAGUAGAGCAUAUUGAAGUAACAAAAAAAAAAUGGGCAAAUUACCUGUCCAUUGCCAAAAGUCGGCGAUACUGAGGAACUAAAGCAUUUUUGGGUUCUGUAAGGAUCCUAACAAGAGCUUCUCGAUCUAGUGAGUGGAAGGGCACCAAAACAGGGAAUCUAC